AUGGCGGACGCCCAAGAGGACCUUUCCUCCUUGCCUUUACCCGACCGGUUCUCCCAUAAGAACUGGAAAGUCCGCAAGGAGGGCUACGAAGAUGCCAAAGCACAGUUUGAAAAGACCCCUGAUGAAUCACACCCGGUUUUUGUGCCGUUCAUGCAAGACCCCGGCUUGUGGAAAGGCGCGGUGGCAGAUUCAAACGUAGCAGCACAACUAGAAGGACUCGGGGCAUACUGCGCCUUCUUACAGUUUGGAGGAGUUCAGGCCUGUACAAGGACCCGCGGAUACACCAUUGGACCAAUCGCAGAGAAAGGUCUACCAUCGACACGACCGGCCGGCAAGGCCAGCGCUCAGGAAGCGCUUCUAUUAUGUGUGGAGUUGGACAAGGCGGACCCGGUGAUCGAAGAGCUGCUGCCCACACUGUCACAUAAAGUACCCAAGGUAGUGGCGGCCUCACUCGCAGCAUUUACCGCCAUUUAUCACAAUUUCGGAUGCAAGAUCGUCGACCCAAAGCAGACUUUGAAGGCGCUCCCCAAGGUUUUCGGCCAUGCCGAUAAGAAUGUCCGAGCCGAGGCUCAAAAUCUUACCGUUGAGCUAUACAGGUGGCUACGCGAGGCUAUCAAGCCUCUCUUCUGGGCCGAUCUAAAACCGGUUCAGCAAGGAGAUCUGGAGAAAUUAUUUGAGAGCGUGAAGCAGGAACCCGCUCCAAAGCAGGAGCGAUUCACUCGAGCACAACAGGAUGCUAUGGCUGAAGCCAGUAGUGCACCUGCAGGCGAGGAGGGCGAUGAACCAAUGGGCGACGAGUUUGAUGAAGAGGAGGAUGGAGUGGUUGUUGAUGCGUUUGACCUGGCCGAGCCGGUCGACGUCUUCAAGAAGAUCCCUGACAACUUUCACGACCAACUUGCGUCAUCUAAAUGGAAGGACCGCAAGGAAGCGCUUGAUGCCCUCUAUGCUGUGAUCAACGUGCCACGAAUCAAAGAUGGGCCCUACGAUGAGGUCGUGAGGGGAUUGGCCAAGUCGAUGAAGGACGCUAACGUUGCCGUUGUCACGGUGGCUGCAAACUGUGUCGAUGUUUUGGCCAAGGGUCUGCGUAACGGCUUCACAAAGUACAGAAGCACUAUCAUGGUACCCAUGUUUGAACGUCUAAAAGAAAAGAAGACGACUGUGGCAGAUGCGUUAGGUCAGGCGUUAGAUGCCGUCUUCACAACAACAACCCUUUCCGACUGCCUAGAGGAGAUUUUCGAAUAUCUCAAACACAAGAACCCACAGAUCAAGCAAGAGACGGUCAAAUUCCUGGUCCGCUGUCUGCGCACGACCCGGGAGGUACCAUCCAAACCUGAGCAGAAGUCAAUCGCUGAUGCUGGCACCAAAUUGCUUACCGAGUCAGCACCGGCAGUCCGUGAAGGAGCCGCCGAAAUUCUUGGUACAUUGAUGAAGAUCUUGGGUGAACGGGCCAUGAACCCAUACCUGGAUGGUCUUGACGAGAUUCGCAAAACCAAGAUCAAGGAAUACUUUGGCACCGCAGAAGUCAAGGCCAAGGAGCGCCCCAAGCCCAUUGUGGCUCCUCCCAAGCCUGCGGCCCCAGCAGGCCGGAAGGUUGUUGGCAAGAAGCCAGCUGCCUCAGGACUGAAGAAACUCGCCCCUGCAGCUGCACCCCCUGUCCCAGAGGAGCCCGUGUUGAAGCCUCCGCCCAAGGCAGUCGCCUCAAGGCUUGGUGCCCCAAAGGCUGGUGGCCUCCCGACUCCUGGCUCGGGUCUCAAGCUCCAGAGAAAGCUUGCUGGGCCAGGAACCGCCGCAUCGCCCUCGAGGCGAGUCGCGCCACCCCCCGAAGAGGACGUGGCACCUCCACCGGCCGCCCCUAAAUUCGGGAUGGGGCGAGGUCUUGCCGGUCGUCCCAUCGCAAAACCAUCACCGGUCGAGCCUGUUGCUCCUGCUGCACCGGCACCUAAUCCUAUGGCAGCAGCCGAUCGAGCCGAACUCGAAGAGCUUCGGAUGGAGAAAGAAAAGUUCAACCGAACCGUUGAAGAAAUGAAAUCCGAGCGCUCGAAGCUCAACUCCACAAUUACUGAACUUCAGAACCAAAAUGCACAGUUGAUUGAAGAUCAUACCCGGGACGUCCUGAGCAUCAAGGCGAAGGAGACACAGCUAGUGCGAGCCCGGAGUGACGCCGAAGCUGCAGAGGGCAAUGUACAAAAGCAACAACGCGAAAUUGAGCGAUUGAAGCGUGAACUUGCACGAGCCCUCCGUGCGUCAGCCAUCAGCCCACCGAAUGCCAUGUCUGAUGCUGGUGGCAUGGGUAUGCAGGAAGGCUCCAUUUACUCAGACCACAACAGCAACGCCGCUGCACGGUCAGGUCUUCACAUGGGAUCUCGUUUCGAGAGCUCGCGCCGAAGUUAUGCCUCCGCUAGUCCUGUCGAGGACAAGGAGAAUGGUGGUAUGGACUCACCGGGACCGGCCAGUCGUAACGGUGGUCUGGGUCGACGGUUGAGCCCUACGUAUGGCUACUCGAACCUCGGCAGCCCGACCCGAUCAUCGACCCGGACAUCCAACACCAACCUCGAAGAAGACCAGCCUCGUAGUACGGAGCCGGCGGAGAACUGGAAGCGGGCCGCGGAAGUGACCAGCCAGUUGAAGGCGAGGAUCGAACAGAUGAAGGUACGACAGGGGCUUUCACGACCUCCCGCUCAACGUUAA